AUGCCCUCUCCAAAUCCUUCAGCGCAUUAUGAAGCCCUUUUCCACUCAUCUUCACUGAACCUCUUGAUACCGGAAAUAUCGUCUUUGCCGACACAUGAAAACGAGAAUGAUCAUCCUGAACUAUGGUGGGAUCAAGUCGAUGCAUCAUUGAGUAGGACUACUGCUUUUCUCGACGAGAAGCUGUUCUAUCUGGUUUCGAUGCAUCUCUCAAAUGAGUCUCUUAGAGAUUUACCUGGGACUCCAGCUUUAGAUGCUAAAGAACCUACUUCUGAGAUGCUCAGAUUUCUCGGAAGACUUCAAUUGACUAUGACAGCAUCAUUCAUACCUUCGUUGCCAAAUCCGAACCAGAACUCCACGCGAACACCAACAUCGGCAACACUCGCACCUCCCUCACACCUUCCAGUCACCCCCAGUGGCACUACGGGAGAUACGUCUGUUCCUCCCGUCACACCAAACCCGUUCCCAGCUAUGAACAAGGAAGAAGAGCAAUAUGCUCAUAUCGAUGGAGUGGUGGUCUGGGAUGGGGCGGUGGAAGAAGUUCCUGGACCAUGGGAAGAAAGCGAAACUAAGCAUGGUAAAAGCUUAGGAAAGAGUGGAAGUGGGAGCGGGAGCGGGAGUGGAAGGAAGAUCAUAAGGGUUCAAGAUGGCUGGGAAGUCAUUUGGAAAGGUGAAGUACCUAUCGCUUACGUCCGAACGCAAAUCCAGAAUCCACUUUUAGCAUUGACGGCUUCAGCGACGCUUCGAGAUACUAGUCAUACCAAGACUCAUCGAAGGAAUGCCCAAAGUAUCGAUGCAAUGUCCAUACGGAGUGGAAAUACGAUAAGGACCGAUGGUACUGAGCUGGAAUAUGAGGAAGAGGAUAAUGACGAGUUUGCAGGGAUGGAGGAUAUUGACUUGCUUGGUGGUUUAACAAGUGGUCAAGACAUCAUGCCUGCUACUCGAUUAGCACCUUCUCUGCGAGAGGAUCUAUCCGUUCCCCUCACAUCAAUAAAUUCACCAAUACCACUUUCAGCCAUGACACCAAUCUCAGCACCUACGAUCAUAACCCCAUCAACUACUUCCUCUGGACCAAGUAGAGAGCGUGGAUUUCCACCGACAACAGUACAACCUGAAAUAUCAACCACACUACGUAAGUCGUACCGUAGAGUUUUGUCACUGGCACCUGGUUUAAGAGUAAGAAUGAGAACUCUAUUCUUGCCUCAACUGCUAUCUGGAUCAAUCGAAGAAGAAGAAGGUGAAAAGAGAAUUGUGCUAUGUAUAGAAAUUGAGAAUUCACCUGAAAGUUCUUUAUCGAAUGGAUUUCAAGUAUCGGAAAUCAAAGUUGAUAUAGGUGGGAAAGGUGGAAAAGCUUCAACUGAAUUAGUUUGUCAACCUGAUACCAUCGAUUUUCCAAUGAAAUUAGGGAGUACAGAACAAUAUAAUCUAUUAUACAAAGUAUCGAUCGCUUCCCCGACUGAGGGAAAUAGCAGGGAAGGAAUGAUAAAUGGUAUAGAAGAAGCCGUAUCGAAAUCACUUGGUAGAGGUGAUGAGAUUAGACCUGUUUCCAUCGUAUUAAUAGGUAGACCAUUUACAAUACAACAAAAGGGAGAAAUCAGAUAUCAGACAAAAGAAUUCCAUUCAAGAUGGAAUUGUUCACUCGAUUUGACCCCCUUCUAUUCCUCAAACUCGACUCCGACACCUAUCAUACCGAGAAAUAGACGUUCGAAGGUAAUUUUACAACCUCCAAAUGCAAUCGCCGGUGAUAAAAGAUAUUCGUUAGCACAUCUACUAUCGGUCGAAAAAGAACGUGAACGAGAACGUGAAAAGGGAUCACAAGGUAAAAGACCGUUAAUGCCAAGUCAAUCUUUUAAUGCGAAUAAUCAAAACAUUCCAGGAAGCAGAGUAUCAUCUUUAGCUUUAGGUAGACAACCAAAUCAAAACCAAAAUCAAAAGGAAAAAUUGGAAAAUGGUUUGUUAAUCUCUGUGAAACUCUUACCACAGUCGCAACCUCAGUCUCAGCUUCGACCUCAAUCGUCGGAAGAAAGUGAAUCUUCUAUCGGACCAUUGGAGACUUUUUCAUUAGAGAUAUUCGUCCAUAAUCGAUCGGAAGAAAUUAGAAGGUUCAGGUUAUGCAUCCCUCCCAGAGACGGCAUAGUGGAGAAUCAAAUCAGGGAUAUUUGGGAUAAAAGAAGGAAGAGAAGAAACGAUGAACCUGAUUGGGGUGUUGAUGAUUCUGUUCUCAAACAAUCCCUCUCGGCUCAUUUAGCCUCCUCUCCAGCGUUGAUACCUUUGGAAAACGAUAUCAGAUGUGGACCCUUACUUCCUUCAGCAAGCCUUUCAGCAAGAAUAAGGUUUUUAGCAUUAAGAGAAGGUGUGCACAAAAUUGAGAAACUGAGAAUCAUAGGUACGGGUGAUGAGGUCGAUUUCACUUUGAGUCCCGUACUCGACGUCAUUGUUGGACGAGGCAAAUAG